CACAUUUACAAAUAUGUAGUUCUAACGGAAGCUCGAGCUUGACACAAGAUUCCGUAUCACGUUUCGCUUCACAACAUAAUAAUUGCAGCCCUGUUCAUAUUACAUAAACCCUUAUUUUUCAUCCCUUGUCAUAUAUUUAUUUGUACGCAUGCCAUGCAUGACUAACUUAUUAUUGACAAAAUUGUUGAGAAGCGCAGAUUUGUACUAAGCUAAUCAAUUAGAUUUUACUUGUUUGGAGGAAGCAACAGAGUUCUUCGUUUUGUGAGUCAGUGAAUCUCCGGCCUUCUUCCGGUUCAUGCUGAUAAUUUUAGUCAAAGUCUUUGCAACACUGAUUGUUCUGCAAAAUCCUAAUUCGAAAAGCUGAAGAAUUCUUAAAUCCAUUGGCGUUGCAUCGUGGUGUUUCAAGGUCGAAUUUGUUGGUGGGUCUGGAAAGUCACAAACUCUCAAAGGAACAAAAUGUCAGCAUGGAAUUUUCUUGGAUUUCUUAUUUUCCUCUCCAACUCUCAAGCCCAAACCUUAUCACCAACGUAUCUCACAAAAGUGUCCAUGGGGGCUAUCGCAACCGAAGUUCAAGGUCCAGUUUUGUACGAGGGAUUCGUAUCUCUCAUCUAUGAGUAUCAAGUUCCGGUGUACAACAACCUUGACAUCACUUUGAGAGAUUGGCGUAGUAAAUGUGAAACUGAUUCAUACACUCCAAGUUACACUUGUCCCGUUUUCUUCCACUUUGAACGUUUCCUGGAACGUUUCGAGAAUGAGGUUGUGCCCAAAGCGUGGUACGACCCAAUCACCAACAGGACAACUUCACCGUCCCCGAUGCUGGAUAUGGACAACGAUUUUUGUAACAAAAUCCAGGGACACUUUAAAGGCUCUCUUACUCAGGAGUUUGGUUUUGAAGAAUACAUAGUCAAAUUAAAGCAAUGCCUUCUAGGAGUGGAUAAUACUGCAAUCAUUGAGAGGCAAAUUACCGACUACAUUUACAAUAUCAAACCAUUGUUCAAGAAAAUGAAUGAAAAUUAUGAAAAUGAAUUUUCCAACAAAUUUUUUGGAGAAGCAAAUAAAAAGAUUGGCCCAGCAUUUUACGUCAACGCUGUUACGUCCCAUCAAAACGGGAUGCUACUUGCUUAUCUUAUGGAAAAAACGAGAUGGUCGGCAGCUAUGUCCGCCUGCCAGCAGCAGCGAGUUCCUGAAACGUUAUUGACGCCCCAAAAUGUGACAAAAAACUUGAAAGAUUUGAACCAAAGGCUGGCCAUUGGGAACAAAAAAACCUCCGUGAAUGUGAACGAAGUGUCGGCAAUCUUCAAACUGCCCUUGACGGAUUGUAGCUACAUUGAACGCACGGGUCACUUCGUGGUUCGCAUUCUAAUUCCCGUGGCGAGGAAGGACAUUGAUUUGUUCAAGCUGUACAAAGUGAGCACUUAUCCCUUCCUCUUGGAGGACAAAAUCUGCCACCUCUCCCUUGAUUCUGAAAAGAAUGAACUGUUUUUGUACGACGAGACCACAAAUAAUCUUCUACGUUCCGAGUGCACCAAGUCCGACAAACUUUGUCAAGUGAAGGAGUUUGAAAACACGGUCACCGAUUUCUGUUUAAGAGCGAUUUUCCUCAAAGAUCAUCUCGCCUCCAAAAAGUAUUGUGGACAACGUUUCCAGUGCUCUGAGAUCGGAAAGGACAACAUGAACAAGCUCAUCAAACUUCCUAUUGUUAAAAAAACAUACUCAGACUCAUGGAUUGUACUAGGAACUGGAAGUGCAUCAGAUAAAAUGACCAUAAAAUGUGACAUUAUCGAGUGGAAAGUUGACCUCAUGCAGAAAGACCUAUCCGGAGCGUUGGAAAUUCGACUCCCUUGUCAUUGCCAUAUGAUUUUCAAUUCUGAAAUUCUCCACCCCACAAACCCUUGUUCUCAUGAGUACUCCCAACCUCCAGAAAUUCGACAGAUUUUACCACCGCAAUUUCUGAAGGAAGAAUUUCUCUUGACUCCACAAACAAAUGUCACGCUGAAAUCGUUUGACCUUCAGUUCCUGAACGAAGAAUCAAAGAAUGAGCAAUCAGCACAAACUCAAGAACGCCAGCCUCCUCAACAACAACCUCGAGACGAGAGUAAUAAGCGUCCGACACAAGAGGAACCACAUUUAGGCAUUUUGUGGACUCUGGUUAUCUUUCAACUAGUCUUAAUUACAUUUAUAAUAGUUUUUGGGGUGUAUCGGUAUUCAAAGUAUAAAAAGGAAAUGACGUACAGCAAGGAACGGUUGGUGUACAACAUUUACGCCUCUCCUAGUGACUCAAAUAUUCCAGAGUCGACUAGUAAUGGUAGUUCUGGAGCUUACAAAGUCAACUCAGUAACUCCAAUUCCGGAUUACAUGAACCACGUUUAAAAAAUGAAUAAUUAAGCUGUAAAAACACAUGAGAAAAAAGAAUAAAACCAACAUUCUGAAUUGUGUUAUCCUUGCAAAAA